AUGCUCUUGUCCAACGCAAGCCUGCGAUUCUGCGCGAGCUUCAACAGCGCCCUGCACGCCGAGGAAGGGCACCUGGACCCGGGGGGCGGCUCUCAGCGCUCCACCCUCACUCCGACAGGGAAUCUCAUCGUUGCCGUGUGCUUGGGCUUCAUCGGCACUUUUGGACUUAUGAACAACUUGCUGGUGCUGGUCCUCUACUACCGCUACAAGAUACUGCGCUCGCCUAUCAACUUGCUCCUGAUGAACAUUUCCAUCAGCGACCUGCUGGUGUGCGUCCUGGGGACGCCGUUCAGUUUCGCGGCCAGCACGCAGGGAAGGUGGCUCAUUGGCACCAAGGGAUGCGUGUGGUACGGCUUUGCCAACUCUCUCUUUGGCAUUGUGUCCCUCAUCUCUUUGGCUGUCCUCUCCUAUGAGCGCUACAGCACCAUGAUGACCCCCACUGAAGCGGACUCAUCUAACUACUGCAAGAUCUGCCUGGGCAUCUCCCUCUCUUGGGUGUAUUCCCUCAUCUGGACUCUGCCUCCACUUUUUGGCUGGAGCCGCUAUGGUCCAGAAGGUCCAGGGACCACCUGUUCAGUGAACUGGAAAGCCAAGACUGCAAAUAACAUAUCUUACAUCAUUUGUCUGUUUAUCUUCUGCCUCAUUGUUCCACUGUUGGUGAUCGUGUUCUGCUAUGGAAAGCUGCUAUGCGCCAUCAGACAGGUGAGGGGGGUUAAUGUGUCGAUGAGCAGGAAACGGGAGCAGCGAGUCUUGUUCAUGGUGGUAAUCAUGGUGAUCUGCUACCUUUUGUGCUGGCUGCCUUAUGGUAUAAUGGCCCUUUUGGCCACUUUUGGACCACCUGGGCUCGUCACGCCUGAAGCAAGCAUCAUUCCUUCGGUCCUGGCAAAGACGAGCACAGUCAUCAACCCGGUGAUAUAUGUCUUCAUGAAUAAACAGUUUUACAGAUGCUUCCAAGCACUAUUACAUUGUGAGGAUCCUCGGCGAGGCUCCAGUGUGAAGAGCUCAUCAAAGGUCGCCACCAAGCCGAUGAGGGCCGGCGCAUUGACUGGUCCUCGUUGUACAAACGACUUUCUGAUCAUGGUAGCUUCACUAGGUCAGCCAGCUGCUGCAAUACCUCAACUGGAAGCUCCCCUCGAACCGACGUUUGACGUUACAAAGGCCGCUUCUUCAGACAUAAACCUACCUGUUGUUGUGUCCCUAGUGGACCACCUUAAUGGUUGACUAUGACCAUGUCAUCAGCAAAAACACUAUGUCUUCAGCCUAUAAAUAAUUAUUAAUAAAAGGUGCUGUCGAUGUGUUUGGUACAACGCAGGAGUGCAAUAUGCCAGUUCCGACCAAUAGAAUGCUGGUGUUACCUCUCUGUCCAGGUUGCUACAGGCAACAAAGAACAGUCAUGGGGGACAUUUUGGGACUUGCUCUUGGAAAAUAUGACCAUAACCGAUUUUACUGUACAUUUAUGCCAGUGGUGUCAAACCAAUUUACCUUUUGUAAAAGCUAGCCCCACUUAGUUACGGUUGCUAAACCGACAAGCGUCAUGACUCCGAUGGCACAAGCCAUUGUAGGCAAACAGGUGUACACCGCAUUGUUUUAAGUGAUUAACUUCAGAGCAAUACCAAUGCAACAUCCAUGAGGGAAAACGAUUUGGGUCUUUUUUUUUUCUUCUUUCAAUUCAAUUAAUUUCUUUGAUAUGAAGCUUCAACAGAGGUGACGCGUUAUGAUCAACCAAACCUAACAAAACUGCAAAAUCGGAUUUUUAAGGGAGGUAAAAAUAAAAUUGCUUACCACGGCUGAAAUUUCCGCCACUGG